ACGAACUAUUAUGUUGUGGGAGAAAAAAGUGCAGUUGUGCGAAGAGACUCGCCACGCGGUAGAUUGUGAUCUUGGACAGGGCGAAUUGAAUGUGAUGCGAAGUGAAAUACACCGGAUGGAGGUGCGAAAAAAUUCUCUUUUACAACAACAAGAAAAGCUACUUCAGGCUCUGGAACGGUCCGUGGCCAAGCGAGAUACGAUUGUGCUCCAGUCAGAGUCAGUCCGGACGCAGCAAAGUAAGGCUAAAAUUCGCAUCAACGCACAACGCCAGCUGGAGGAGCUGAAGAAGAGACUAAAGACCACAAAGCAGCUCAUCAAGACGUGCGACACGGAGACUAAAGAAAUGGAGGCCAAAGUGAAAAGCCUCGAAGAAGAGAUCGUGGCAAAGCGUUUAGAAUUUGAAGGGGAACAGAAAAGUGUUGACGAACUCUCAGCAAAGCUACAGUCUCUGUUAGAGGAACGUCACAAGUACGUAUUCGACGUACAAAUGAAGCAACAUGAAACAGUCUACUGGGAACAAGUGCGUGAUGGACGAUACAAGCGGCUGUGCCCAUCCUCUACGUCACAGGCAGCAGAGACUACUCGACAACUCAACCGAAUUCGAACUCUCUUAAUGCUAAUUGAUCGAUUGGUGCAAGAAUUCCCCCAGAAGUUACUUUCAAAAUGGCAUGCCGCCUUAGAUGGAAGUCCGUUUUCACAGCUUGUCCCUAUGCGCUACGGUGGUUUGAUGGGAUUUCCCUAUAAGAAGGAAGAGGCCGAUAGGACGGAUAAACACUCAACCGACAAUGAAGUACCAAGCUGCAAAUUUUCCAUUUAA